AUGAAGCCACCGGAACCUCCUUUUUACCCAAGAAGCCAUUCAAAAACCCAUAAUUUCCAACCAAUUCCCUUCCUUUUCGUCGUCAUCGUUUUUCUUCUUCAAAUACCAAAGACAAUCUCCUCAAUCGCCGCUCAAAUACCAUUAGAGUACAUCCAACACUGCAAUGACGUCGUCCUGGCAUCAACGGCGGAGCCUAGCGCUCUCUCUUCCAGCCCCUCCUUGUCUCACAGCCUCGACUUCAAAAUUGGGUAUUACUCCGGCGGAGACUUCAUUUUCUUCCAACCGAAUCUCGCCACCGAUGUGCUGAAAUCCGCCACGUUUCAUGCUCGUUUCUCGCAAGACUACCUCGAUAGUAAUAAAUCACGAAUCUAUAAAGUGAAUGGGAAGCUCGUUUUACAAAUUCCCAAAUCACUUGUCAUUUCUUCUUCCGGUGGCGGUGUAUUAAACCCCCACCGUGGAUUGCGGCGGACGUUCCGGAUCAGGGGAACGAAAAUUCCGUCCGUGGUCGAUAGAGAGAUGCGGAGGUUUUCACUUGGCGGGUUUUGGUCGGAAUCGACUGGGAGGCUUUGUAUGAUUGGAUCAGGGAUGAGUAACGGAAAUGCAGGUAAAUUUAGGACCUUUAAUGUUGUUCUUAAGCUCAAUUAUUCGACUAGUUUUAAUGUUUCCGGUUGUUUAAUCUCUGGGGUUCUUCAAAGUUUGGAUUCUGAACAUAGUUCGAGUUAUUUUGAGCCUGUUUCCAUAUUGGGUGUGAGGAGCUUUGGGAAUUAUGAGUUUAGUUUGGUUGAUAAUGGAAAGGAAAGUUCAUGUUUAAGUGAAGGAGAGAACUUGGAUGUUAGCAAAGCAAAUGGAGGACUUUGUUCAGUGAUUGUUCACCGUAGGAUUAGGUUUGGAUUGGAAUAUGAGAAGGACUGUGAUCAAGUUAAUUGUAGUUCCAUUAUUAGAGAUGUUAAGGAUGCUCCAAGUAUCAUGUUUUUUCGACAAAUGAAGUGUGUGGAUGAAGGGAAAAUGCUGAUUUUGUUGGAUUUUCGAAACUCGAGUUCUAUCAGCGCUUUUCCCCCUUUUGAUCCCAAUACGACCCUGAUCGCUGAGGGAGCAUGGGAUGAGAAGAAGAAUGGUGUCUUUGGUGUUGCUUGUCGAGUUUCGAAUUUCAGGGAUUCUUUGAGUGUUCUAUUAAGUUUAGCUUGA